AUGCCGCCCCUUAUCACUCUCGAGGAACAUUAUUCUUCACCAAAAGUUCUUGAAUCUAACAAGACUAUAAGUGCCUUGUAUAACAAUUUUCCUCCACAUCUCCUCCAUAAGCUGGAUUCUCUUGGCGAUGAGCGGAUCCAGGAUAUGGAUGAAGGAAUGGUGUCUCUGCAAGUGAUUUCUCACGGCCCUGGCGAAGCGACCCCGCCCGUUUGUGCAGCGGCCAAUGAUGAUCUGGCAGCUGCCAUUUCUAAGAAUCCAACUCGACUGGCCGGCUUUGCUAUGAUCACCAUGAGUCAACCGACAGCUGCGGCACGGGAAUUAACACGCUGUGUUAAAGACCUUGGGUUCGUAGGUGCGCUGGUGGAAAAUCACGUUGAUGGACAAUUUUACGAUGACGAGCGAUUCUGGCCCGUCUUUGAAACUGCGCAGGAGUUGGAUGUUCCAAUCUAUAUCCACCCUUGCUUUCCAGCUGAAAACAUGGUAGGUUAUUAUAAAGGAAACUAUGAAGAUUCGGUUGCGGUCGCGUUAGGUGCUUAUGGAUGGGCAUGGCACUCGGAGACCGGCCUGCACAUCCUGAGAUUAUUCGCUAGUGGUCUUUUUGAUCGCUUCCCACGGUUGAAGAUUGUCAUUGGCCAUAUGGGAGAACUCCUUCCGUUUCAGCUCGAGCGCAUUAUCGUGGGGUCGCAGAGGUGGGCAAAGAGACAGCGUUGUCUCAGAGAGGUGUGGAGGAACAAUAUCUGGGUCACGACUAGCGGGAUGUUUACACUUCCUCCUCUAGCUUGCUUGUUACAAACGACUUCGAUCGAUCAUGUCUUAUACAGCGUUGAUUAUCCGUUCUCUACCACCAAGACAGGGUUGGAGUUUGUGGAAGAAAUCGAGAAAAGUGGCUUGAUUGUAGGAGAAGAUUUGGAGAAAUUUACUUUCAAAAAUGCGGAAAAAUUGUUGGGGGUUAAGGCUGGGGCCGAUUAA